CACUCUUUAUAGGUUAUUUCAGAGAUUAUGAUAUAUGAUCACAGAUUUAUCUUUAAUAUGAUAUUGGCAGACAAGAUAUCAUUGAUUUGGAUGAUUCUCUAAAUUGACCUCAAAUAUCAAAUUUGGAUAUUUCCAAAUUGAAAAAAUGUAUUCAAAAUCAGUUACUGAUUUAUCUAAACUAUCAAAGGAUGAAGUGAAACGUUUUUUGGAUUCCUUUGAUACAGUAGUAUCGGACUGCGAUGGAGUCCUUUGGAUUAUGGGUGCUCCUAUUCCGGGUUCUGCAGAGGUCUUACAGAAAUUACGGGAUCUUGGCAAAAGGAUUUUUUAUGUGACAAACAAUUCUACUAAAACAAGGGAUGAAUUUUUAGAUUAUGGAAGAGGUAUGAAAUUUACCAUCAACAAGGAUGAAAUCAUCAGUUCAGCAUAUCUUACUGCAUGUUACUUAAAAAGUAUUAAUUUCCAAGGUAAAGUUUAUGUGGUUGGAUCAGAAGGAAUAACUAAAGAAUUAGAUGAAAUCCACAUCAAACACGUAGGAGUUGGACCUGAUCCAUGCUCAUCACUACCAGAUGCUCUGAAUUUUGUGAUAGAUCCUGAAGUUAGAGCUGUUGUAGUGGGAAUGGAUAAAUAUUUUUCUUAUAGUAAGAUGCUCAAAGCUGCUACAUAUCUUAAUAAUUUAGAAGUCCUGUUUAUUGGAACUAAUACAGAUGAGAGAUUUCCAGCUAGUGGUUCGAAAAUAUUGCCUGGUACAGGGUCUUUAUUGAGGGCUGUUGAAUGUUGUAGUUUGAGAAAGGCUACUAUUAUGGGAAAGCCCAGUUCGUAUGUUGGAACAGUUCUAGUAAACGAAUAUAAAAUUAAUCCAGAAAGAACUUUAAUAAUUGGGGACAGGUGCAACACAGACAUAAUACUUGGUAGUAAAUGUGGUUUCAAGUCUCUGCUUGUGCUAACAGGUGUGACAACAUUAUCUGAAGUACAACAGUACAAAAAAUCAGAGAAAGAAGAUGAUAAGGAUCUUAUUCCUGAUGUUUAUUUGAAAAGUUUGGGCGAUUUGUUACCAUUUUUAACAACAAACGAAUAAUACCAUGGUUUAUAUGUGAAUUUUUCAUUGGAAUAUUAUGAAAUAAAUUUAUUGUUUCUUUA